GAUAAGCUAGAGAGGGCUGCGAGUUGAAUCGUCCACGUUGAAAGGAAAGAAGGAAGAUAAGGCAGCAAUAAGUGGGCGGAGGUUCAGCCAAGGCUAUAAAGGCAGGGUGCCGACGCCAUAUCGAGACAGAAUAGAGAGACUGCAAGAAGAGAGAAGACUCCGUCUUUGUCUUGCAGCUGCUUUUUUGCUUCCGCUCUGCAAAGAGAAAUUUCUUGGACGUCCAGUCUUGCAGCGCAACCAGUCUCCGAGAUGAACGCAGCAGCAGGUGAAGGCACCAAGGCCGCUCCCCCCAAGUUCAAGCAGAAGGAGACCAGGCAGUUCAAGAGCAAGGCUCCCAAAGCUGGACAGAAGGGGUUCGACAACGACGUCCCGGGGAUGGAGGGUCUUGGAGACUCUGCAGUGGUCUGCCCCUGGGAGGCGUUUGGUGACAUGGAGCUGAGCGACCUGGCCCAGUUCGGCAUCGUCUAGACGUGUUGGACGAGGGCUCCCACCCUGGCUCUGGACAGAUGUGACCGAUUCACAGUAUCUCUGUGGUUUAAUGAGCGCCGACUGUGAGGAGCGUGCUUGAAGCUGGAGAAAUGAUUCCACCGAGUGUUGGUGCAACAGUCACUGUGAGACAGAUCUCUGCAGGUUCAGGGUUCUACUGAGCCUUUUCUUGUAACCAGCCAUAACUAAACACAGUAGAGAAAUAUUCUUCUAUUGCAUCUAUUUUUGUAGGAGCUUUUUUGAAAAUAUCUAUAUUAUUUUUGCUAUAAACAUAAAUGUGAAAUCAUAAAUGAGAAACUACCUCUUACUUAGCAACUGUCCUGGUUGUUGUUUGACUUUAAUCCCUAAAUUAAAUAUUCUCCCUCCAUCCAACCCCCAUAUUUAUUUUCUGUAGUUCAUCUGUAAUUCUGCACACAGCCAGAGUGUGUCAGUAAAGGUACACAUGCUUAUUUGCGUGAAGGUUAUUUUCCUCAGUCCAUUAUGUUUUGUGUGGUUUUUCCAGCUGCCGUCAAGUUACGGGAUAUUUAUCCCCCAACUUUUUUACCACAGCUCAACAGGUAAAUCAGCCGGGACGAUAUCAUUGGCGUUAACUGGUUAUUGGUAUCGAUAUUGCAGCUUUUCACAAAUGUAUCAGUAUCGGCAUUUACGUCGGCCCUUGAGUGACAAACAAUUGCGAUACAGAAAUGCCAAAGACGUAACUGUAAUAUAAUGUACUUUACACUGCUCUGUACUAUCUCGCUCAUGAUUCUUUAAUA